GCUGACCGAAUCGCGGCUGCCCGCCAGCGUGUCCGCGGCGCCGCCGCCAGCAUGGGCUGCACCCCAAGCAUCCACGUUUCCGACAGCCGGUCGGUGCACCACGGCAGCAAAGAGGCCGAGGACACGCCGGGACCCGCGGCGCGGCCACUGCCGCCCAGCGGGUCCAAGGGGUCUCGCCACCGGCCUGGCCAGAAGACCGUCCCCUCGACCCGGGUCCGCGUCUCCGGCCUCGCGGAGCCCGAGCCUCGCGGCGGCAGCGGCAAAAAGGUAGCAGUAGCUGAUGUGCAGUUUGGCCCCAUGAGAUUUCAUCAAGAUCAGCUUCAGGUACUUUUAGUGUUUACUAAAGAAGAUAGCCAGUGUAAUGGAUUCUGUAAGGCAUGUGAAAAGGCAGGAUUUAAGUGUACAGUCACCAAGGAGCCUCAGGCUGUCCUUUCCUGCUUCCUGGACAAACAUCAUGACAUCAUCAUCAUAGACCACAGACAUCCCCGACAGCUGGACGCAGAUGCGCUAUGCAGGUCUGUCAGAUCAUCAAAACUCUCAGAAAACACAGUUAUUGUUGGUGUUGUACGCAGGGGAGAUAGAGAAGAGUCAUCUGUCAUGCCCCUCAUUGCUGCUGGCUUUACAAGGAGGUAUGUAGAAAACCCUAGCAUCAUGGCCUGUUACAAUGAACUAAUCCAGCUGGAGUAUGGAGAAGUGCGAUCCCAACUGAAACUCAGGGCUUGUAACUCGGUAUUCACUGCGCUAGAAAAAAGUCAAGAAGCAGUUGAAAUUACAAGUGAAGACCACAUUAUCCAGUAUGCAAAUCCUGCAUUUGAAACAACAAUGGGCUAUCAGUCUGGUGAAUUAAUAGGGAAGGAGUUAGCUGAAGUGCCUAUAAAUGAAAAAAAGGCUGACUUGCUCGAUACUAUAAAUUCAUACAUCAGGAUUGGCAAGGAGUGGCAAGGAAUUUACUGCACCAAAAAGAAAAACGGAGAUAAUAUACAACAAAAUGUGAAGAUAAUACCUGUCAUUGGACAGGGAGGAAAAAUUAGACACUAUGUGUCCAUUAUCAGAGUGUGCAAUGGCAACAAUAAGGCUGAGAAAAUAGCUGAAUGUGUUCAGUCUGACAGUCUUACAGAUACACAGACAGGCAAGCUUAUUAAAGACAGAAGAAAAGACUCGCUAGAUGUCAGAUCUCUUUCCACUCGAUCAAGUGAAGUUGCCAGCCAGAGACGACACUCCUCCUUGGCCCGGAUACAUUCCAUGACGAUCGAUGCACCCAUCACCAAGGUAAUCAAUAUUAUCAAUGCUGCCCAAGAAAGCAGUCCCAUGCCUGUGACAGAAGCCUUAGACCGUGUGCUGGAAAUUUUAAGAACCACUGAAUUAUAUUCACCACAAUUUGGUGCUAAGGACGAUGAUCCUCAUGCCAACGACCUGGUGGGGGGCUUAAUGUGUGAUGGCUUGCGAAGACUAUCAGGGAAUGACUAUGUUCUUUCACCAAAGAACCUUCACCAGGUUUCAAACAGGAUAAUCAAUUCCAUCUCCCUUCAUGACAUUCCACCGCGGAUAGCUCGAAUCAUGGAAAAUGAGGAAUUCUGGGACUUUGAUAUUUUUGAUCUGGAGUCUGCCACCCACAAGAGGCCUUUGAUUUAUCUCGGUCUCAAAAUAUUUGCUCGCUUUGGAAUCUGUGAAUUCUUAAACUGCUCUGAGUCAACGCUCAGAUCGUGGUUACAAAUUAUCGAAACCAAUUAUCAUUCUUCUAACCCCUACCACAAUUCUACACAUGCCGCUGAUGUGCUGCACGCGACGGCCUAUUUUCUGUCCAAAGAGAGGAUAAAGCAAACUUUAGAUCCAGUUGACGAGGUUGCUGCCCUCCUUGCAGCCACCAUUCAUGACGUGGAUCACCCUGGGAGAACCAACUCUUUCUUGUGUAAUGCCGGAAGUGAGCUGGCCAUUUUGUACAAUGACACUGCUGUCCUGGAGAGCCACCAUGCAGCCCUAGGCUUCCAGCUGACCAUUCGAGAUGAUAAAUGCAAUAUUUUUAAAAACAUGGAGAGGAAUGACUAUCGGAUGCUGCGCCAGGGUAUUAUUGACAUGGUCCUAGCCACAGAGAUGACAAAGCACUUUGAGCAUGUCAACAAGUUUGUCAACAGCAUCAACAAGCCCUUGGCAUUACUAGAAGAAAACAGGGAAACCGAUAAAGAUCAGGAAGCAAUAAACACUAUGCUCAGGACACCAGAGAACCGGAUUCUGAUCAAACGAAUGCUGAUUAAGUGUGCUGAUGUGUCCAACCCCUGUCGACCCCUGGAGUUCUGCAUUGAGUGGGCUGCACGCAUCUCAGAAGAAUAUUUUUCUCAGACGGAUGAAGAGAAGCGGAAAGGCUUACCUGUGGUGAUGCCGGUUUUUGACAGAAACACUUGCAGCAUCCCCAAAUCUCAAAUCUCUUUCAUUGACUACUUCAUCACAGACAUGUUUGAUUCUUGGGACGCCUUUGUCGACCUGCCGGAUUUAAUGCAGAACCUUGACAACAACUUUAAGUACUGGAGAGGACUGGAUGAAAUGAAGCUACGCAGCCUCCGACCACCUCCCCAAUAGCGCUACACUGCCCGGGGCCCUCAAGCUUUGUCCCUCGGGUCAUUUUGGAAAACCUGAGGGCAGCCAGAGUUCCUUGGUCCUUUCAGUAUUAGGCAGAACCGUCCCCAGGUCUGCAGAGCCUGUGAGAAAGCACCUGGAGACACCAGUACCUUCUGCAGCCACAGUCCGAUGCCACUGCCAUAAAGUGAGACUUGGCCACUGUAGCUUGGGCCUCCUGCGGGGGCUCUUCAGAAAGUCACACGAACAACAUGUUUUGCAUCGGCGCUAUGUUAGAACACUAGGCCAGGAGCGCCCAUGCAAAGGCUGUUGAUGGCUUUCCUGCCGGUGAUAGAGAAUGUCUUAUUGCAAACAAUUUCUCUCAGUUAUGUUCAGCACCUAAGAACAGCUAAUGGCAACUGGAUCUGUAGCAACUUUUUUCACAUCAUAGAAGGUGCAGUCGUUAACUGAAAGUGACUUAAAAUUGAGUAGCAAAUGAAAAACAAAAAUUUUCAAGUUGAUUAUUAAUAUCAAUUAUUAAAAUGUUCUAUUUAUUUUGUUAGAAGUUCAAUAUUUUCUAUGAAUUUAAAAAUACUUUAAAGCUAAAGCCAACUUUAAAUGCCAUGACCAAAUUUACAUGAUUCAUAUUCAUAAAAUAUGCAUUACUUGGUGUACAGACUUAUUUUCAUAAUGCAAAUUAAAAAUAUAAAAUGCAUUUUUACUGCACUAUAGAAAUAUUUGUGUAUGUUAAACUCUUUGUUGAUUGAUGCUAAUUGGAAAAAGCUGUUUUGUUGGCGGGUCUUAUUGAGAACAAAAGGAGAAAGCCUUCUACUGUAUAGAAACCGGAGCUCUGAAACAGUGCUAGACAUCUGAUGGGCUUUGCAGGUGACUCCCCAAGGUAAAAUUAUACUCUUGGUUUGCAAAGAAAAGUUAAGACUUUUUUCUAAAAUUUUAUCAUUGAAUUUCCAAAAGUAGGCCUUAUUUUAUAUGAUGUUUCUAUAAAAUAUUCCCUGCAAAAAUGGAAUAUUUAAUGAAUUGACAUUUUGUAACCAACUUGUUUUCAUCUGUAGUGGGAAUCUUUGGUUCCAGAACUUUAUAAAGAUCUUCACAUCUUGAAUAAGUGUAAUACCAUUAAAAAUGAUACCUGAUGACAUUUCGAAAUGCUUGUCGUUUCAUUUUAAACAACUUGGAUUUGUUAUUUUCCAGAUAAAAAUGAAAUUAAACUAUUUGUUUUUAAGAAA